GGUGCGGUCGUGGGGAGCAGGUCUGGUCCCGCGCUUGCGCUCGCGCUCUCCGGCUCUCGGUUCCCUCGACUUCCCCCCCGCCCCCCCGGCCGGCUCGCAAGGCCCGGGUCUCGGAUCGCGCGCGCUCGCGGCUGUGGAGCGCCAUGAGGCGGCUGGCGCUGCGGCUUUGUACCUUGAACAAGGAGCUGCUUCUUCCUGGCAGAGGACUGACUCAAGGAUCCCAGAAUCCAGAGAAACAGAGAGUCUUCCAUAUGCAUGAAGCAUGUUCACCUAUACAUGUGAAUCACGGUGUGUGUGUUCGUGAUAAGUUGCGGGAGAUAGUAGGAGUGUCCACAAACUGGAGAGACCAUAUGAAAGCAAUGGAGGAAAGAAAAUUACUUCAGAGUUUUUUGGCUAAGUCGCAGGAAGGACUACCACCCAGGAGAAUGAAAGACAGUUAUAUUGAGGUUCUCUUGCCUUUGGGGAGUCAGCCUGAAUUACGAGAGAAGUAUUUGACUGUUCAAAACACCAUAAGAUUUGGCAGGAUUCUUGAGGACCUUGACAGCUUAGGAGUUCUUAUUUGCUACAUGCACACCAGAGUUCAUGCAGCUAAGAUGUCUCCUUUGUCAAUAGUUACAGCCCUGGUGGACAAGAUUGAUAUGUGUAAGACGAGCUUAAGCCCAGAACAGGACAUUAAGUUCAGUGGCCAUGUUAGCUGGGUUGGGAAGACAUCCAUGGAAGUGAAGAUGCAAAUGUUUCAGUUACAUGGCAAUGAAUUUUGUCCUGUUUUGGAUGCAACAUUUGUAAUGGUGGCUCGUGAUUCUGAAAAUAAAGGGCCGGCAUUUGUAAAUCCACUCAUCCCUGAAAGCCCAGAGGAAGAAGAGCUCUUUAGACAAGGAGAAUUGAACAAGGGGAGAAGGGUGACCUUCAGUGCCACGUCAUUACUGAAAAUGGCUCCCAGUGCUGAGGAGAGGACUACCAUACAUGAGAUGUUUCUAAACACGCUGGAUCCGAAGACCGUAAGUUUUCGAAGUCGAAUUUUGCCCCCUAAUGCAGUGUGGAUGGAGAAUUCAAAACUGAAGAGCUUGGAAGUGUGCCACCCUCAGGAGCGCAACAUUUUUAAUCGGAUCUUUGGUGGUUUCCUUAUGAGGAAAGCAUAUGAACUUGGAUGGGCUACUGCUUGUAACUUUGGUGGCUCCCGACCGUUUGUUGUAGCGGUGGAUGAUAUCAUGUUUCAGAAGCCUGUAGAGGUUGGAUCAUUGCUGUUCCUUUCUUCACAGGUUUGCUUUACUAAGGACAAUUACAUUCAAGUCAGAGUACAUAGUGAAGUGGCCUCUCUUGAGAGUAAAGAGCAUAUGACCACCAAUGUCUUUCAUUUCACAUUCAUGUCGGAAAAAGAAGUGCCCUUGGUUUUCCCUAGAACAUAUGGAGAGUCCAUGUUGUAUUUAGAUGGGAAGCGGCAUUUCAAUUCCAUGAGCGUACCGGUUAAGCUGAGAAAGGACUGCUCUGAGGCGCCCUAGGAAAGCCAUGCUUGCAGCAGAGCAGCUCUCUGUCAUGACAUAGUGCCUAAUGGAGGCCUGCUCACGUGUUCCGGCUUCAGCUUUACUCUCAUCCGCCGUAGAGAAGAAUGUAUUCAACCUUUAGGAUGCUCAGAAAAGCAGGACCAGAGAGAAGCUGGGUGGGGCAUGGGGAGGUGGGGUUAUUACACAAUAAAUACUCUCAAGACAAUUGAAA